CCUGAGGGUGGCAGUAACGCUCCGCCUGCAGACAGGAAGUCCGACAAACCGGAAAAAGAAGUUGAAACAUGGCGCCCGCCAAGAAGCGCAACGUGAAGCUUGCUAACUCUUCACAACCAAGUCUGAAAACGACGAAAAUUGACCUAAACAGCAAAGUCGAGGGAAUACUCGAGAGCAGAAAAAACGCCAGCGACGUUUUCGACAUAUUCGAGUUCCUCCAGUCCGAAGAAGAGCAAGAUGUCGUCAAAGCCGUCGAUGCCUGCGGUCAUUUGUUUUGUCAACUGCUGGAGACCAGACGGCUUUACAAAGGCAAAUUACCAGAAGAAGAAGAGGCGCUGAAAGGUCCACACAGUGCAGAGGACAAGUACCGCAUCUUCAUGAGACACCGUUACCACAGCUGCGUGGAAAUGCUGCUGGAACACCUCAGUCACGAACUCCAUGGCGUGCAGGAAGUUUCCCUGUGCUGCCUCAUGAAGUUUGCGGAGGGACAAGGACAGCAUCCCUUGGAGGACUUGGACUGGAGUCAACAUUUUAGUUUCCCGGGGAAACUCCUGCAGGCGGUGGUGGAUAGACUCGUCUCCCGGACCGCAGACAAGUCUCUGCUGAUCUCCAGGUUCCAGGAGUUCCUGGAGAAGGACGACGUGCGUUAUUACGUCAUGGGCUGCGUCAGGCAGAACUUGGUCCGAGUCAUGGAUCACAGCAACGGAAAAGACAUGGCCGCCUAUCUCAACAAUGUCUUCAGCCUCAUGUGCAACAUCAGCAUGCCCAAGAAGGAGGCGGAGCUCUGCAACUUCAUGCUCCCGCAGGAAGCCAAACACGAAGACUGGAAAGCAACCAAACUGAUCGAACACAAGAGAAACUUUGAGUGGAUGUGGCUGGGCCUGCUCAAGUAUAAGUUACCAAGUAGUAUGUACAAAAAGAUCCUGGUCAUCCUCCACGAAUCCAUCCUGCCACACCUGAGAACACCCACGCUGAUGAUCGACUUCCUGACUGCAGCCUACGAUGUUGGUGGCGCCAUCAGCCUGUUGGCUCUGAACGCACUGUUUGUCCUCAUCCAUCAACACAACCUAGAUUAUCCUGACUUCUACAAGAAACUGUAUAACCUUCUGGAACCUUCCAUCUUCCACGUCAAGUACCGAGCACGUUUUUUUCACCUGCUGGAUAUCUUCCUGACUUCCAGUCACCUGCCGCUCUACCUGGUGGCCGCCUUUGCCAAGCGCCUGGCCCGCCUGGCCCUCCUAGCUCCGCCCACGGCGCUCCUCAUCCUGCUGCCCUUCGUCGCCAACCUGGUGCGUCGCCACCCCUCGUGCCGCGUCCUCCUCCACAAGCCCGGCGCAGACGACGAAGCUGUGGAAGACCCUUUCGUGAUGGAGGAGGAAGAACCUGCUCAGUGCGGCGCUCUGGACAGCAGCCUGUGGGAGAUCAAGACGCUGCAGAGACACUACCAUCCCGACGUGGCCAAAGCCGCCAUGUUGUUUAACACGCCGCUGUCGGAAAGAGAGGAUGACAUCAACAGGCUGUUGGAGACCACCACGUACCAGCUGAUGGAGAAAGACCUGAAGGUGUCCUCCAAGAAGGUCCCGCUGGAGUUUGAAGGUGCGACACGGCUGCUGGACGCAGACAAAGAUGUAAUGGGACAACACUUCUGUCUGCACUGAAAACGGCCUUGGUAUUCAUCAUUAUUAUUAAUAUUAUUAUUAUUACUGCAGUAAAAUCUGUUUUACCAACUCAGAUGUUUAAUCAGAAUAUUUGACUCACCCCAUAUAACAUGUGGAAGAAUGGCAAGAAGAUGGAAUACAGUGGAGUAGAGUAGAGUGGCGUUUUCAUGGUUUUCCUCCAUGGUCGCAUUGUUAUUGCAACCAAAUAGUUUCUGCAUAACGUUUUGUAACACAUAGUGUCCAAACUUUUUACACUGAGAAAUUAAAACACGCAGGGAACAUUUUUGAUAUUUUU